AGUUUGCAGUUAAAAAUGAUUAUUGUGAUAAAAUACACAAACACCAGCAUUUUAUUUAGAGAUGCAAUACAGGUUAGGACCAAUGACUAUUAUGAUUCAUGUAGGAGGUAUUUUCACCAACCUGGCAACCCUGAUCUCAGCAGGCCAACAGUCGCUUCCUGCGCUUCAGUGGAAACACACAGCACAGACAAAAUGUUGGUCCUUGUAUUAGGUGACCUGCACAUUCCUCACCGAUGCAACACUCUACCAGCAAAGUUUAAGAAGCUGCUGGUGCCAGGCAAGAUUCAGCACAUUCUUUGCACGGGCAACCUCUGUACGAAGGAGAGCUACGACUACCUGAAGACACUGGCUGGAGAUGUGCACAUCGUCAGAGGAGACUUUGAUGAGAAUCUGAAUUACCCCGAGCAGAAGGUGGUGACUGUGGGCCAGUUUAAGAUCGGGCUGAUCCACGGGCACCAGGUGAUCCCAUGGGGCGACAUGGCCAGCCUCGCACUUCUCCAGAGGCAGCUGGAUGUGGAUAUUCUCAUCUCAGGCCACACACACAAGUUUGAGGCCUUCGAGAACGAGAACAAAUUUUACAUCAACCCCGGUUCAGCCACAGGGGCUUACAAUGCACUGGAGAGCAACAUCAUACCAUCCUUUGUUCUGAUGGACAUCCAAGCGUCUACGGUUGUCACGUACGUUUACCAGCUCAUCGGUGAUGACGUUAAAGUUGAGAGAAUCGAAUACAAGAAGUCGUAAAGACCAUCAAGGAAAAUUGGUUGUCCUCUUCUAAGAUGUUUCCUCUUAUUCCCUCCUCGACUACAGCCCGGAGUCUCGGCCUAUUGCAGAUGCUGUACAUUAACGCUCAGAUAUUUUACUGAAGUGUACAACAUUGUUUAUAUGUCAUCAGCAAUCGCUUGUGUUCUCUUUAUCAGCAAAAUGUUAAGAAUGCAAUAAUGUUGUAUUAUUUGCAUAAUGUUAGUGACUAAUCGCUCCAUGUUUUAUGUUAAAGAUAUGUCAUAUUGACUCUUCAAAGCUAUUAUUAUCAAUUCCAAGGCCUUGAUACAAACCCUGUGAAAUAUUUCAUACAAUAAAAAAAAACAUGUGGUGUAUUAGUCUUGA